CCCAUUGAACGCACAGUGGGUGUAGCGUUUUGAUGAUGUCACUACCCUGCGACGCCUAGUAUAGUGUGUGUGAUCUGUGAUUGUGUUCGCCGGUCGGUGGUUGUGAUCGGUUCUCCUGUCAGCACCACAAUUUCCACUUCGGUGUAUCUCUACCAUGAGCAGCGGUGACGACAUCGCGGCUUCUCCAAUCAAAGGACUGGAGCCCGCCAACCCGGAAGCAAUAGCGGGAGAAGAUGGAAGCCCUGUCAGCGGUGACAGCGUGCCGGUGGAGGGCUUCAUUUUAGGGAUGUCGGACACAGUUGAUAUAAAAAAGAUGUUUGAAGAUAUGUUUGCUGAUCGCUUCACAGAACGUGACGAGGACUAUCAGGAACAUCUGAAAAAGUCAGAGAGCGAGCCUCCUAUUGUUGAAGAAUGGUGGGGAGGGAACCAAAGAAACCACGAUAGGUAUCGGGAUAACAGGCGUGACCGAAGCUGGGAUAACAGGCGGGAUUCAGAUAACAGACGGGAUUCGGGUAACAGGCGGGAUUCGUACAGCAGCUAUAACCAGCACCAUGGAGGAAGAGGCUGGGGUAACAGCUCUCACCAGUACCGCCAGGAUCGUUCCCACUAUCACCAGGAGAGACACCAAGGCUACAAUUCCGGCAGUCAAAGAUAUCAGCCUUAUCGUUAAGGACGGUUCCUGUUUUGUGCGUGAAGAAUAGAUUAUUAUUUUUAAUUGUUUUUUUAUUUUAUAGGACAAAAAACUGAAAGUAUGAGAACUCUU